AUGUUCUUCAAGAAUCUCGCCCUCGCAGUCCCCUUCCUCGCCGGAGCUUCAACUGCUCUGCCACAAGCAGCCUCGGGAGCAGCACUUGCACCCGAUGCCACCUUCUCAUUAAUGGCUCUCCGGUCUGCCAGUGAGGUUCAUUUUGCCGGUUUCGAAGCGGCCAAGGGCAGUCUCUUUUUGAAGCUACCCAGCCAGAACGCCUCUUGCGAUGCUGGCCCUGCCGACUACGCCACGUUCUACCUUAAGGACGGCGGACUAUACCUCUACGCUGCCUCCGCAACGCCGCAGCAGCUUUACGCUGAUCGCUCUGGAAUGGGCCAGGGCAAGCUCGGAUACACAACUGGCGCUCAGCCGGCCCCUAGAAACGGCGAGAGGACUACCUUCGCUCUCGAUGAAUCAAACGACUUGACGCUUAACGGAGCAGGCUUCCUCGCCUGCCCUAAUAGCAUCGACGGUGCUUGGAGUGUGUGGGUUUCUGCCGGCGUCGACCAGCCUGCUGGAAAUGAAGGAUGUCUUGGAUUCUCGGCGCGUGCUGUAGAGGUUUCUAACCCUAAUGGUUGCCUCUACACUGAGUAA